AUGGCCCCGACAAUGGUGGACCUUUUCGCGCGAGAUGACGGCUGUGGAUAUGGCUAUUUCUUCGAUGGAAUCGGCUGUCGGCGCAAGAGUGGGUGGUACUUUUGGGGCAGAUGGGUGCUCGCUGGCAUCGCCAUCGUUUUCGCAUUGUUUCUCUUGUUCUGCUGCUUACGUGGUGUGACGCCCAUGUACGGCACCGGCUGGUUGGGUGGCGCCCCAGCCCAAGGAAGUCGUCCCUCUGGCAACCACAAGCACAACAACAACAAUAACAACAACAACAACAACGGCUACGAGAUGAACAACUACCAGUCUGGAUAUACCCAGGGCGGCUACACCCAGCAGCAGCCUCCCUAUGGCGAAGGAUACGGAUAUACUAGCCCUCCGCCGUACGGUCAGGCACCUGUGGGCAAUCAGCAGACGGGCACAACGUUCAAUACCCAUGAUGGAUACAUGACCGGCCAGCCUCAAUACGGUGUUCAGCAGCCUCAGACCUCAUAUCAGCCCGACGGCCAUUAUCAGCCUCCUGCGGGACCGCCUCCAGGAAAGUAA